AUGUACUUUGUGGCCCAUGAUGAACACAAAGGUAUUUUGCUUUACACCACUCCAGAAUCGAACCGCUGCACCACUCCAGAUUCGAACCGCUGCACCACUCCAGAAUCGAACCGCUGCACCACUCCAGAAUCGAACCGCUGCACCACUCCAGAAUCGAACCGCUGCACCACUCCAGAAUCGAACCGCUGCACCACUCCAGAAUCGAACCGCUGCACCACUCCAGAAUCGAACCGCUGCACCACUCCAGAAUCGAACCGCUGCACCACUCCAGAAUCGAACCGCUGCACCACUCCAGAAUCGAACCGCUGCACCACUCCAGAAUCGAACCGCUGCACCACUCCAGAAUCGAACCGCUGCACCACUCCAGAGCCCUAA